AUGAUAUCUUGGCUACAAGCCGCCGCGUGGCUGGCGCUGGCUCCAUGUGCCGUCUUGGCAACCUACACGCCCAACAUCCCCUACGACUCCACACUCCACUGCGACAACCCCGGCGUUACCUAUCACCCGUCCUGGACGCUCGUGUAUCCGGCGACGCCGCCAAAUACCUUGGAAAGCUACUUCCCUGGCACGACCGGCCAAGGGUUCGCAGCGUACCAGAUCAACACGACAGCAAGCGCGUUCAUCGCGAUCCCGGUCUACGGCUUCGGCUUCAAAGACCUCGACAUGGCGCUCACACCGUUCGAUGCAACCCAGAAGACGCUGAACAUGACCCUUCAGCUCGAUAGCAGCACUUGGACACUCACGGUGCCCGCAACGCCAUUGGCCAAUAUCUCUUCUCACGACUGGCCCAAGAUCGACCUGGGACCAUACUCUGGCAACAGCACGGCGUCGAUGCGCUUCCUCAACAUCACGGUUAGUAACAUGAUCGCGACAUUCGUCAGCGUCCAAGCCGUCUACGCCGUGCAGUCAGACGUGUAA